AAGAGCAUAAAAGUUACAAUAAAGAGCGGGGUUUCUGCGAAAUUAUACGUGCUUCUGCAAUGCCGCCUUCAUCGCGCACAUUAACGACCACAGUCGGUGGUUUGGUAAAUUUGAGUCUUAUGCUUUAAUUCUGAAGGCGAAGACCUUGAGUUUCCGCUGUGCACCGUGGUAAUGUUCGCUAAUAGACGGCUGAAACAGCUUGACGGCUAGCUACCAACAGCCCCUCACUAAAACACCUCCACGGGGUUAUCUCCUGCUACAGGGCCACUGGCGGUUCCAUUCACAUCAAUGUUCAAUAUUCCUUCGUUUUCCAGCGAAGCUUCUUCCGUCUCUUUGUCAAACUUAUGAACUUGUUUCACAGUGUGGCUGCGGGAGCGAGUGAAGGCGGUCGGCAGACAUGAAGAGCCAACAGAAAAGCCCUGAGCCAGAUGGGAGUGUCACCGUCAGCGAGGAAGGAUCUGUUGCCACAGCAGAGGACCCGGCAGCCAUUGCCACCAUCCAGUCUGCCGCCACCUACGCUGACCAGCCUAUCAAAUAUCUCUUCAAGACAGAGGGAGCAGGCGGGCAGGUGACCUACAGAGUGAUCCAGGUGUCGGAUGGCCAGUUGGAGGGUCAGGCAGAUGGAGCUGCAGCAGUCAGCCUGGUCACUGGUUUCCCUGCAACCACUCAGGCUGUCACACAGGCUGUGUUCUCCCAGUCUGAGGGGCUGGAGGGAGACGCCAGCACUGAGACGCAGUACACCUACUACCCCGCCACCAUCGCAGACGCAACCACUGGCACCAUGGUGACCACAGUGCAGGCCUCAGACACACUGUUGGGCCAGCCCACACCCACAGGGCAGCUUUAUGUGAUGAUGUCACCCCAGGAAGUUUUGACGGGUUCCAAUCAAAGGACAAUCGCACCUCGCACUCAGCCAUACAUAGCAAAGCAAGAGGCUCCUCGGGGGUCCAGAGACGAGAAACGGCGAGCCCAGCACAAUGAAGUUGAGCGCCGGCGCAGGGACAAGAUUAACAACUGGAUCGUGCAGCUGUCAAAGGCCAUUCCAGACUGUAACAUUGACUACACCAAGACUGGACAGAGUAAAGGAGGAAUCUUGUCCAAAGCCUGCGAGUACAUCAAGGAACUGCGACAGAGCAACCUGAAGAUAUCGGACGACAUAGGUGCUCUUGAUCGUCUCAGGAUUGACAACCAGCUCCUUAGACAGGAGGUGGAGGACUGGAAGUCUAAGAAUCAGAUCCUGAGGAACCUGCUGCGGCAGCAUGGCAUUGUGGGAUCAUCCAGCACAGAUCCGCAGUGAGGAGAAGCCUGUCGCCAGUGUUCAGUGAGCUUUCGAAGACAACCACAUAUGGGCCAAAAGAGUACUUGAAAUGCUUUGAGAUACUUUAUUUGUGGUUGAGCGUGCAUGGAAUGGGGGAAUAAUGGAAUAUUGUUAUUAAUAUUCAAAUCCAGUUUGUCUACGAAAUGACACCCUUCCCUAUCAUAUUUGAAGCUUUUUUACGAUAUUGAAAUUUUUGGCCUGGUGAAUACAACACAUUCAUAAUAACAUGAUGAAAAGAGAGGAAUGUUUCUACAGUAACUUGAGUCUGACGAAGCCCUCAUGAAUGCCUUCCUCCACAAACAUGAUUGUUCAUUAACCCUCCAGUACAGUAAGCUCUUAAACGUGACCAACUACUCAUGUCAGUUUCCGUUUCUUAACCCUCUGCUGUACUGCGUCUCGGUAUCCAGUGCUCUCAUGUAAACGUCUCGGACAACCAUUGUAAUCAUGCUUGGACUUGUUUUCAUCAAUUUGACCCAUUGAUACAGUUUGUCAUUCAGUUCAUAGCUGAGCUCUUUUUGCUUUGUGUUUUUGUAUGUUUCAUGAAACCUCACUGGGGACAAUAAUUGCAUUGCAACAAUGUAACUAACUAAAUAAACAGGAGUUGGUAAGCAUUGCAUUGCAGGUAGGCUAUGUGCUGUAUGUCUUUGUAAUAAGAAAUCUAAUAAUAUGCUAUAUGUCAUGAACCAUUUUCAGCCGUGUUUAUUAAAGUUGGUAAAUUGGUUAAAAUA